AUGGGUCAUAUCGCCCGUAAUUACCCAGAGGCUGUGACUGAUGGGAGAUCUGUUAUUCCUGCUCGUGUUUUUGUGAUGUCUAAAGAGGAAGCAAAAGCUUCUCUAAAAUUGAUCAAAGGUAUGAUUAUCCUUAAUGACAAACAAGUAGAAGCAUUAUUUGAUUCAGGUGCUACGCAUUCUUUUAUUGUACUAAAUUAUAUGACUAGACUUAAAAUGUUUGUGUGUGAAAUGGAUGUUGUUUUGAAUGUUUCUACACCGACUGGGGCCUCUGCUAAGACCAGUCAUGUGUGCUCUAAUGUCAACUUGAAGUUUGGUGAUAGGGUUACAAUUAUUGACUUAAUUUGUUUGCCUUUGUUGGGCAUUGAUGUGAUUGUGGGAAUGGACUGGCUGUCGGCUAAUGGAGCGACUUUAGACUGUAACAAGAAGACAGUCCUAUUGCCAGUAGAUACUACCAUUUCUACAAUCCCUAAAAUAACUGUGCGUACCAUUAUGGUAGACAUAGAAAUGCCUAAGUUCUUGUCUGCUAUGGAAGUCAAGAAGUCAAAUCAAGAAGGAUGCCAAAUGUUCAUGGUGUUCUGUUCAGUGCAAGGAGACAAAGAACAAAAGAUUAAUCAGAUAAAAGUAGUAAAAGAAUUUCCUGUGGUUUUUGCAGAAGAUGUGAAUGGUUUGCCACCAGAGAGAAGUUAA